AUGUUUGCUCCUAUUCAAUCUCUUAGGUCUAUGAGCCCUAGAUUAAUUAUUCAAAAUAUUGCUCAAUUUGGAUUAAUUGUUGCAUCAGCUGUAAUAAUGUGGAAAACACUUUGUGUUUUAUUUGUUACAGAAGCACCAAUUGUUGUUAUAUUAAGUGGUUCUAUGGAACCAGGAUUUAAACGAGGUGAUUUAAUGUUUUUAACAAAUAGAGGUGGAGUUGAUAAUAUUCAAAUAGGUGAUAUUAUUGUUUAUAAUUUACCAUCUAAAGGAAUUCCAAUCAUUCAUAGAGUAAUAGAAAUUCAUAAAGAUACUAAAGGUGAUGUUCGUUUUUUGACUAAAGGAGAUAAUAAUCCAGUUGAUGAUAGAGGAUUAUAUGAAGGUCCUUUAUGGUUAAAACCACAUCAAAUUAUUGGAAAAUCUUAUGCUCAUGUUCCAUAUGUAGGAAUGAUUACAAUUGCAUUAACUGAUUAUCCACUUCUUAAAUGGACAGUUAUUGGGUUAUUAUUAAUCAGUGUUUUAUUAAACAAAGAUCAAUAA